UAUGAAAGACCGAUGCACAUAAGUCCAACCUCCAUAGCGAUAAACAAUCCACAUCCUGUGAAAUGAUGAAGAAUAAACAAAUACUCAAGCUUCAGCUUCGUAGUCUGUGUGCAGUCGUUCGUUGCAGAACAAGUGUUCCGUCGUCAGUGCCUUCAUUUUCUGAGAAAAAACUCCUAAACUGGUGAAUGCGUUUCAACGAGACAAUCAGAAUCUUAAAAGGGAAACGUAGAGGGAGAAAAACUGAAUAUUGGUAAUUAAAGGCCAUUUAAAACUGACGAAAAAAAGAGCUGGUAAAAGAUGUUGGACAUUUCGUGAUAAAAGAGUUUAAUCGGUUUUGUCAGGCAAAGUCUAAUCAGUGCAAGUUAGGUGAUUUUAUCUAGGACUAAACGGAUAAGACACAGCCCGUGCACUGGCCAUGACGACCAAAACUAGUAGAAAUUGCAGCUCAAACUUCACAAUCAGGACAGUUGUUUUUUAUUUUAAGGGACAACAGUUCGGUAAUUGAACCUUCGUUUUUUAAGAGAAAACUUUUGAAUUGGUGUAAAAGAAAAACAUCGCGGUUUGAGACAGAAAGAAAAGUAGAGUGAAAACUUAAGUGAAAAGUUUUGGUCAUUGAAUACCACCUGAAAAUGACGAAUAAAAGAGGUAAUUUAAACAAAGAUGCAGGGCGUGGCUCACCUGCCAAGAAAACUCGCAAAAACCUCGCAAACGCUGCUCCAACUCCACCGUUGGCCGGCGCGUCGUCGUCUGUUCCAAAGGAGGCCAUGGAAGUUGCUCAGGGAUUGAGAAAAACCAAUCAUGGUGUUAUUUUUCAAUUGAAACUUUUGAUGCUCUUCUUGAUACGAGGAAUCCGGGCCGGUCACGCAUUCCGACUGGGCACCGAAAUGGAAGAUAUCGGAGGUAAAUUUGAUGAUAUAAUUUUCCAAUAUGAAGUCGACGAUGGUGGCAAACGGCAAGUUAACAGAUACCUGCAGGCAAAACACAAACAAAACGAGUCGACUAAAAUAACGGCAGGGCAGUUGUUCAACGAAACAGAAGGCGAUUUCAGUCUGUUGAAAUACUUCAGCUCGUAUUGCGGCAUACUAUCACGAGGGGAUGACAUCCAGGACUGCAUUAUAUGCACCAACAUUGGCUUCAACUCGGAUAUCCAAAGUAAAGGAAUUCAAUUGAUAACUGUCAACACUGCCGAUGAAAUAUUCCAGUUUACAGGACACCCAGUUGCCCGUUACAAGAUCCAAAUCGAUCCAGGUCAUGCCUUUUGGGGGAAAUUGCGACAAAUAAAUGUUGCAGAACCUGCUACAAAAUUAAAAAGGAAUGCAACCGAUAACGAGAUUAACAGUUUUUUCGACAAACUCGUCUUUGUCGUCAACACGCCCAACGAGGUCACCUUGGGAAAUUUACUUACUGAAGAAGUCGGAGAAUAUUACGAACUGAACGAAGCAGAUUUCCAGUCGGAUUUCAUUCUUAGAAACAUGUUGGAUUGGUUCAAGCUGAAAAAAUCUGAAUUUUUGACAUCGAAACAAGGACAGGAGAUAUUACAUCAAGGCGAACAAAAAUUGACGUCGUUACGUAUGACGUCUGUUUCAAUCAAUUACCAAACGAAACUGCAAGAAGCGAUAGAAUUCAAUGCUGUUGCAAUUGAUGAAAUGACAGAAAUGUUGAAGACGCUGUUGGAUUCACCAAACAAAAUUGAGCGAAUUAGAACUGCGUUUCCCAAACGCACUGCAGUUAAAGUAAGCGCAGCGCUGAAAACACUCGAAAAAUUCAAACGCGAUGAUAGCUACUUGAUGUCAUCAUCCAAAGGGUUAAAAACAACUUCUGCAAGCGUCAAAGAUGCAUUUAAAUUAGGAACUUGUCAUCAACUUCUCGUUGUCGUUUGCAAAGACGGCCAUGCGGAACAUGACAGUUACUACGAAAAUCUAAUCGGGGACAAUCAAACGCGACUAGCAAAUAAAAAAAUUAUCAUUUUAUGUCACGAUGGCGUUGAAACACGAGACGACCUCAAGUUCACACAAUUAAGUGACAACUGUAUGGAAAAAUUACUUGAUAAAGUAGUUUCGUUUCAAGGAACAGUUCAAACUGUGCGUGAUCUAACUGGUAAUGGUAACCGAGAAGAGGUCAUCGACGAUAAUUCCAUGGAGGAAUUGCUAGUGGGCAAGAAAGUUGUCAACAUUCCUUUACAUGAUUUCGUCCCAGCAUUUGACGAAGAACUCUACAUCGAAAGAGAAAUUAUCUUACCGUUCGAUGAUACGUUUUUUGACGAACUAGUGGAUGAAACCCAUUGCACCAAAGACGAACUGCUUGGAAAGUUGAAGGUCACAGUGGGAAACAACAUCGUAUGGUUCGUCGACGACAGAGAAAAAAAAGAAUUAUGGAAUAAAAUAAAAAAAAUUUUUGAGAGGAGACAUCAAUCAAAUGACUCUGCAUGGCUGGUCAACAGAAUCCCCGAAAAACAAUUGACGCCCCUAGAAGAGUGGGAAAAUCGGGUAGUCGUUGUAUCGGAUGUUGCCGGGACUGGAAAAUCCACCAUGUUGUCGAAUUACUACAGGAAAAUGAGAAACGAGAAACCGGAUAACUGGAUUAUCAAAAUGGAUUUGGUUGAUCAUAUUGGAGCCCUGCGUCAGUUUAAUCCGGACGAGGUUGAUCAGCAGGUAGAAGCAAUACAAUUUUUUAUCGCAAAUAUACCUAACGUGGGAGAAAGUCCUUUUGCCCAGUCUUUGCUGAGGCACAAGUUGCAGACGGGAGAUGGGAUUGUUGUCAUGCUGGACGGAUUUGACGAGAUCGACAUCCAGUGUCAGGAAAAAUGCAUUUCCUUGAUAAAAGCAAUCAGAUUAACGAAUUUAAAUGCACUUUACAUAACUACCCGACCACACGUGAACGGAAAACUCCAAGAUUCAUUGUUCCAGCUUGCCUACACCUUGAGAGAUUUCAAUCAAGAAGAUCAAAUCAAUUACCUUUCUGGAUAUUGGAAGAAGCAAUUGAAAGUGAAUGCGGAUGCAGAAGUAAGGUCCAUUGCAACAUCCAUCGUUGAUCGUUUGUCGAAAAGCUUAAAAGGCAACGAAAGAUCUUUUAUCGGAAUCCCCUUACAGUGUCACAUUGUCGCAGACUGCUUCGAGUCGCAAGUUUACGACAUCAUUCAAAACGGAUGCGAUUUAGAAGCACUUCUCAAAGAUCUCGACUCCAAUUUAAACCUGGACACCUUGUACGAGCGACUGUUCAAGAAAAAGCGUGAAAUUUAUCGACAAGAGAAAGCCAAAGUGCAGCAAGUGGACAAUCACAUCCUUCAUAAUUCUCUAGAAGACCACAUGGAAUGUUUAGAGAUUUACCUAAGAGACUUGGCUGUAAAGACAAUCGUCUCCGAUCAGACGCACAUUGAUUGUCUUUUGGGUAAAUCCAAUGAGUCUGCAGCCACAAUCGAACAGCAACAUAAGAAACGAGAAGAAGGGAGCGUUUGUUUUGGCUUGUUAACGCUAAACAGGAAAGGUGAAUUUCAAUUUUUGCAUCGAACCUACGCCGAGUACUUGAUGGCCAAUUACCUGUACGGAGGAUUUCGUCUUGAUGAUAAGCUUCGCAACAAGCUGCUGGAUAAAAAACCUGUGAGACAGCUGAUCAGUUUUCAAUUUUUGGCUGAUGAAGAGUACGGAGGUGUUCAAUUGUUUUUCGAUUUCAUGCUCAUUGAAAUUCUUAAAGGUGAAAAGUGGCGUGACACAAUCAACAGAAACGAAAACUACGAAAUACCGGUUCAUUUGAAGAAUUUCACAAAUGACUGCUAUGAUUCAUCCGUCCAAAAACCAUGGCGUAACUGCUUCAGUCUAGCUGUUCGUAAAGAAUACAUGAAUAUAUUUACAUUUUUAACUUGUUGCAUGGAUGUGAUACUUGAAAAAAGCAAAGUUCGAAAAAUGGUGCACGCCAUAUGCAAAGAGAAUCGCGAAGAUUUUCUACUAGGCUUUUAUUAUAGACGAAACUGCGCCGGUUUCCUUCAAUUUGUCGACUGGUACGACGACGCAACAGCAGAAAAGACCGACAUCCUUUACAUCACGAAACAAUUUUGCAAUCAUUUGCCUCAUCAUACACUGCAAAACACUCGUCUAAAUCAGCAAGAACAAAAGAACAUUUUUCGCCGAUUGCUGGAUUUCAUGACCAAGUACGAAGACACCCUGAAAGACGUCAUGGAAGAAGUUGCCCGUGCGAGACUCUAUUCCGUCAUCCAAGUACCAGCUAUGAUAGCCAAUCAUCCACUAGCAGCCAUGGCGGAUCAUUGGCAGGGGAUGCUGAAGUUGUUCGUUCGUGACGAUAAUUUUACCUUUCUUUUGCGACCACUUUUGAAGCUUCUUUCACGAACGUGCGAUGGUCAACUGCUAUCUGAUAUCCUACGGUUGGCCUUUGAAACGAAGGAUACUAUGCCCCAGCAGUCUGACAUGGAAACAGUUUCAAAUGUUUUAUUGGAUUGCUGUCCGUCAGAUGGCAGCACCAAUCAACCUUUGGCACCUGAAGUAUCACGUUUUAUUCUCCAAAUGUCGCCUGCAGUUUUGCAUAAAGUUUACAGUCGUUACGAAUCUGCUACAAACAUGCUGGACCAGCAGCCAGGAACCGACCCGUACAAUCUGACUCAAUUGCAUCUUAACAUCUUUCGCGGCGAUGAGAAAGCCAUCGAAAGUUUACUGGCUAUGGUGAAUCAAAAUCUUACUUCUAGUGAUCCUAAAAAGAAAGAGGAGGCAGAGAAAUUAAUUGGAUGUCUGACAAAAAGAGGAGAAGCGCCUUUCACGCUCAUUUACCUGGCGGCAGCUUGCAAUCACGAGCCGAUCUUAUGCAACAUGCUCAAUUGUUUAAAAAAAGGCCUUUCCCGCGACGCGUUCCAUGCCGCACUAAACCACAGUGGCAAGUUCCUUGACAAUGCUUAUGACGACGCUAUGAAAUACAAAAAAAAUGAAAUGUACCUGUCCAUCUUGAAGGCUGUCAAGAAAAUCAUAGGAAACGAGUACCUACUCGAUUUAGCGAAAAAAUCCUUCAUAAUUCAAAAAAAAUUUGACUUCACAACAGUAAUCGAAAUUCAACUGUUAAAUCAUGUAGCCAACAUUUUUGUCGAAGACGAUCCUCAAGGAUACGAACAUUUAAACGAGUUGAUCUUCUUCGACAACAACAUCACCUUAAUUAGGUACUUGGAUCAAUCAUUUAUUCGUGGAUCGAUAUCUGCCAUAGGGAUUGACAAAUGGAUCAAUCGCUUAUUUGAUCUCAUUGUAGGCACCUUCAUAUGGUCUAUCUACGACAUGCUAUAUAACAUUGUCAUCGUCUUGAACACUAACGAAGAGUUCAGCUGUUUCGUGAAAUCAAUUACUUCAACAAACGACAAGCGAACAAGCCCAUCCAGCAUAUGGGCGGAAAUAAUAAGUCGACCAAAUUACGGCACAAAUGACUGUCUUCCCAAGCUAAAACAAAUUUUCGAUUGCAUUUCGAAACAGUUGGGCGAAAGAGCCGUCGAAGAGCUGAUUCUCAGUGACGAUCGGAAAGUCAUCGCUUGGGUCGCAUUUUACGGACACACUUCAAUGUUUAACACAAUGCUCGCAUCUCUGUCCAGUGUGAAUCAAGAGGCGGUCAAGAAACAACUGGAAGACAACGGACCUCAAAUGGUGUUGGAGAUUUUGUCUACAAAACUCGCACUGUCCAAGUACACAUACAAUUAUUCCAAUCAAAUAAAGACAUUAAAAUAUUGCCUGGAAAAUGGCACUGGUGAACAAUUAUCGCAAUUAGUCGAUACCAUCACGGUCGUGCACGAAAUUGGAGGAAAGACGAUUAGUCGUUGGAGUAACCUCUUUAGCGACAUUGGUGAAAACCGAUUAAACUGUGAAUCGGAAUUUCAAGAACUGACGGAACUUUUCUUGAACAAAUUGGACACAAAUGAUUUGAGAAAACUUCUGCUGCAUAACGUAGGUGAAGGCACCUUCAUUGUUUACGUGGCGUUUUUGGGGGGAGAAGAGUUCGCCUGGUCCAUAUUAGAUCGUUUUUCAUUAAUGACUCGGGAGGAGUUUAACAAUCACCUGGCGGCCGAUUCGCACGUCAUCAUACAAAGCGUGUUUUUCCCGAAUCGAGCGCUAAUUUCAAAAAUGCUUGACUACAACAUGAAUCCAUUGAAUUUCUUCUUGGCCUACGCAUGCACGGACCAUUUAUCGAAGUUCAUUGCACUCAUCACGGUCACGCACAGGGAACAAAACACUUUACGAAAAAACAUAGAAUGGCGAAUAGCAUGCUUACGGGACAAGACGAGUGCCGACAAGAUCGACGAUUUCCUCCAACGCGUCUACAAGAAACUGGGACAGCGCCCCCGUCGUCGCAGUUCUAGUAACGAACGUAUAUUUCUCUACUAGACCUAAAAGACCAAGUUGAGAUUAUUUCUUAUUUGCCUGUCGCUUUCUUGGACGUCAUGAUGCAAUUAACUAUUACCGAUGUCAAUUUGCCCAGUUCGAAUGGUGGGGCAGCUAGUCGAACGUUAUUUGGAAACAAAUAGGCGGUCGCUAAGUGAAGACAAAUGUAAACAAAUUUUCAAAAAAUAAAACUAUGAAAUUUUUUA